AAAGCAUCCAACCGUUAGAUACUCUUGUUGUGUGUGCGUUACGAAGUGCUGGGUUUGCUGUUGCUGCCGUUGUUAGAUACGUUUGUGGGGCCUAAACAAAAGCGUCAUCGCUAACCGAAAGGCCAACGCUGCCGUAGCUGCAGAUAAAACAUAUGUAAACUUUUGAAUUUUGGCUAUUUGUUCGGUGGUAUUGCUGGUGAACGCUACUAUCAUUUAUUCCGUUUGUUGUUUGCGGCCGUGGAAUGAACGCUGGUUGCUUGUAAGUUGUCGGUUGGUUGACUUCAGCAGCGAAACUCAACGUCUUCAAUUAAAUGCGGCGCGCGGGAAUUUAAUGUCAAUCGAUUUUAAAUUAAAAAAAAUAAUAAUUUCUCGCUUUGUAGCCGGCUACGGCAACAGAACACGCGGAGUGAUGAUAAAUUAAAGUGAAAUUAAGCUAAUCGAUUUAAUAGAUAAUUUUUUUCGCUUAACAAAAGCAGCAAAAUUAAUUCACCAUAUAGCACAGCAGCUUUUAAUAUUCAUUCACGACCUACACAACCAUACUGUAGUUUUAGUCCAAAAAUAAAUAUAUAUUCCAAUACUACUCCAUAGAAAACAAAAAGAAUAUACAUAACUGCCAAACCAAAAGCAAAUAUCACAUUAAAUAUUGAGAAAAUCACAAUAGUCAUCUAAGAGCCUGGUAGAUCUCUUCUCACGCAUUAGGCUCAACUCAUUUAUAGUCAUCAUUGUCAUAGCAUCGUCAUCUUCAUCAUUUGCAUCCCAAUCAGCAAUAGCAGCAGCAACAACUGAAUCGGCACCAACGAAUAAUCAGAAGGAAUCAUCACCAUCAGCGGCAGCAUCAGCAUCAGUAACUACAGCAUCAUCGCCAUUGCCAUCACUAUGCGCCGUAAUGUAAAAUUGAUUGUCUUCGUCAGCGUCAUUUGGAUGUUUGUACUGGUCUACUAUUUUCAAACCAACACUGAAAAGGUGGAAAAUCGUGCUCUAAGGUUACGCGAGGCUAUGCAACAAUACCAGGAUGAGUCGGUGCCCUCAGCCUCGGCCUUGAGGCAACAGCAGCAGCACCAACAACAACAGCAACAAUUAUCUGCUGCACAGCAGGAACAACACCAGAUGCCUCACUUUGCCCAACAACAAAACUCAAACAGCCUGCAUACGAAUGUCAUCCAAGCCAGCGUUGAUCCUGGCGGGCUGCUACAAUCACGUACGGGUGGUUUAAGUCUAAAUGGGUUAGCACCUCAGGAGGAAACGUCGCGUGUCAUCAUACCCAGCGGAUUGGCAGCAUCACCAAAUGGUGCUGCUGGAGGUGGUGGUGGCGGUGGAGAUUGGGAGUACUUUGAUGAGGCUGGUUAUAUACGUGGCGGUGCGUUGAGGACCGGAGAAGACCCAUACAUACGCAAUCGGUUCAACCAAGAGGCAAGUGAUGCCUUACCCAGCAAUCGAGAAAUACCCGAUACCAGACAUCCCAUGUGCCGCAGUAAAGGAUAUCGCAAGGAUUUGCCUGAGACCAGUGUGAUUAUUACAUUCCACAAUGAAGCCAGAUCCACUCUACUGCGGACCAUUGUGAGUGUUCUUAAUCGCAGCCCCGAGCAUUUAAUACGUGAAAUUAUUUUGGUGGACGACUUCAGUGAUCACCCUGAGGAUGGUCAAGAAUUGGCGAAAAUCGACAAGGUACGCAUUAUACGCAACGACAAACGUGAAGGUCUAGUUCGCUCACGAGUGCGAGGUGCUGACGCAGCCAUCUCUGAAGUACUUACCUUCCUCGACAGCCACGUGGAGUGUAAUGAACAGUGGCUCGAGCCGUUACUCGAACGCGUGAGGGAGGAUCCCACGCGUGUGGUGUGUCCCGUCAUCGAUGUCAUCAGCAUGGACAAUUUCCAAUACAUUGGUGCAUCAGCUGAUUUGCGUGGUGGUUUCGACUGGAAUUUAAUUUUCAAAUGGGAGUAUUUGAGUCCGGCCGAACGCACAGUCCGUCAGCAUGAUCCGACCACAGCCAUUCGAACGCCCAUGAUUGCCGGUGGUCUCUUUGUAAUUGACAGGGCCUACUUUAACAAGCUUGGCAAAUACGACAUGAAGAUGGAUGUGUGGGGUGGCGAGAACCUCGAGAUCUCAUUCCGAGUGUGGCAAUGUGGUGGCAGCCUGGAAAUUAUUCCGUGCAGUCGUGUUGGCCAUGUGUUUCGCAAACGUCAUCCGUACACGUUUCCUGGCGGCAGUGGCAAUGUGUUUGCACGCAAUACUCGACGAGCUGCUGAAGUGUGGAUGGAUGAUUACAAGCAGUACUAUUAUGCCGCAGUGCCGUUGGCCAAGAAUAUUCCAUUUGGCAACGUCGACGACCGCUUGGCUCUCAAGGAGAGGUUACAUUGCAAACCUUUUAAAUGGUACUUAGAGAACGUUUAUCCUGAUUUACAAGUUCCUGAUUCAUAUGAGUUUGGUCAAUUCCGCCAAGGUGAAUUCUGUUUGGAUACCAUGGGAAAUUUAGCGGAUGGCACAGUGGGUCUCUUCCAAUGUCACAACACUGGUGGCAACCAAGAGUGGGCCUAUACCAAACGGCAACAAAUAAAACACGAUGAUCUCUGCUUGACACUGGUGCAAUUCUCACGCGGCUCCCAGGUCAUUAUGAAACUUUGCGAUGACUCGGAAAAUCAAAAAUGGGUGCUGCGCGAAGGAGGUUUCAUACGACAUCACAAAUUGAACGUCUGCCUGGAUUCGAGGGAUCACACAGAAAUUGGCGUAUCAGCACAGCGAUGCAAUUCGGCGCUGGAAACCCAAAGAUGGCUGUUCACCACCACAAAGGCGUGAGGACAAUUUGCGACCGUAGAGAAUGGUGAGGGUAGAUAAACACAAGCAAAACAUGGGGUGUACUACACCGAAAUGAGAGGUGAAGGAAGGGAUGGGGAGGUUAGAUGGAUGGAUUGGAAGGUUUAAAAAACUGAAGAGCAUUCAUGCCAACUGAAGGCUUUAGAACUACCACAGAUAAAAGCAGAAAAAAAGAACAUUACCAACAACAAAAACCAGUUACAAAACCAACAAUGACUAAGAAAAUAGCAUUUCAAGUAUUUCAAAACAGUGAGAGGGGGGUCUUGUACAAAAACUUGCUGCGGUAAUGAAGGUGACAUUUUCAAUUUCACUUUUUCUUUAAGGUCUAUUAUAAAACGUUUAAACUUAUGUAAAACUUGAUGUUUUGAAUAAUUUUGGUUUAUUCAGAAAGCCAAGAACAAUGUAAAAUAAGAAUUAACACUUCUGAGGUUUUCUUAUAGACUUCAUUGGGGUUUCUUUUUGGCUUUAUGGGGGAUGCGAGCAGCGGUAGUAUUCACAAAUUUAAAGAUGGAGGUUUAAUCUGCAGAUAUUAGUUGGGUGUUUCUAUAAAUGGAGUUCAGAUUCUUCAAAGUCAAAGAAUAGAAAUUUAGCACUGACUGACUUUGAACCUAUAGAUUAGAGUUGCACAUGUAAAAUAACAAACAAGUAAGAGCGUGCUAUGUUCGGCCGGGUUGAAUCUUGGGAACCCACCACCAUGGUUUCUGCUAAGAAUUUAUACAAAUUUAUUUAGUUGUAAGGCAUAAUUUUAUUCUACAUACCAAACUUCUGUCAAAACAGCAAAACUUAAAGCUUCUAGGGAGAGACUGGUUUACAUGGGAGCUAUAUCAAGUUAUAGACCGAUUUGGACCGUACUUGGCACAGUUGUUGAAAGUCAUAACAGAACACCAUAUGCAAAAAAAAAAUCGGGAGAUCGGUUUAUAUGGGAGCUAUGUCAGGUUAUAGAACGACUUGGCACAGUUGUUGAAAGUUAUAACAGAACAUCAUGUGCAAAAUUUCACCCAAAUCAGACAAAACUUGCGGCUUGUAAGGGCUCAAGAAGUUAAAUCGGGAGAUCGGUUUAUAUGGGAGCUACGUCAGGUUAUAGACCGAUUUAAACCGUAUUUGGCACAGUUAUUGAAAGUUAUAACAGAACAUCAUGUGCUAAAUUUCAGCCAAAUCGGACAAAAAAUUCGGCUUCCAAGGGUUCAAGAAGUCAAAUCGGGAGAUCGGUUUAAAUGGCAGUUAUAUCUAAAUCUUGACCGAUAUUGCCCAUUUGCAAUCACCAACGACCUAUAUCACAUUUAAAUAUCUAUGAAAAAUUUCAAGCGGCUAGCUUUACGCGUUCGACUGCUAUCAUGAUUUCGACAGACGGAAGGACGGACAUGGCUAGAUCGACUCAAAGCGUCGAAACUAUCAAGAAUAUAUAUAUGUACUUUAUGGGGUCUUAGACGAAUAUUUCGAUGCGUUAAAAACGGAGUUGAGCCUCUGGUUUCUAAGACACAUUUUUAUACCACCAACGAAGGAAGCGGGUAUAUUCAUUUUGUCACUCAAUUUGCUAUACAUCGGGAUAUAAUUUUCGGAACCUAUAUAUAUUCCUGAGCGUCGAAGAAAUCUAAGACGUUCUAGCCAUGUCCGUCUGUCCGAUGCCGAUCUAGGCAUGUCCGUCUGUCUGUCUAUCUGUCAGUUUGUCAGAUUGUCAGUCAGUCAGUCAGUCAUUCAGUCAGUCAGUCAGUCAGUCAGUCAGUCAGUCAGUCAGUCAGUCAGUCAGUCAGUCAGUCUGUCUGUCUGUCUGUCUGUCUUUCUGUCUGUCCGUUUGUCCGUCUGUCUGUCCGUCUGUCUGUAUGUUGAUAUCACGUUAAAGAUAAAGAUAUUGAGACAUAUUCUUGUUUUGUCCAUAGACAGGUUAAGUCCGAAGUCCACAGGCCGGUUAAGUCUUGGUAUGGCCUCAGUAUAGACCGAUCUGCUAAUUUAAUGUCUUAGGUCCAUUAAAACACGUUUAUUAUCCGAUUUCGCUGAAAUUUGGUUUAGUAAGCUGCAUUAGACCUCUCGACAUCCUUCUUCAAUAUGUCCCAGAUCGCUUCAGAUUGAGAUAUAGCUGCCAUUGUUGCGCAUUUAUUGUUCAAUUUUUCUUAAAUUUGGGACAGUAAGGCCCCUCGAUAUCCUUGUUAAAUUUCGCUCAGAUCGGUCCAGAUUUUGGUAUAUCUGUCAUAUAGAGCGAUCUAUCGAUUUACAGCCUUGGGCCUAUAAUAGGCGCAUUUAUUAUCCGAUUUCAUAGAAAUUUGGUGUUGUGGUAGGCUCCUCGAUAUUCCGGUUCAAUACGGCCUAGAUCGGUCCAUAUUUGGGUAUAGCUGCUAUAUAUACCGAUCUCCUGAUUAAAGUAUUUAGGCUUAUAAAAGGUGAUUUUAUUAACCGAUUUCGCUGAAAUUUAGCGCAAUGAGUUCUGUUAGACACUUCGACAUGCGUACCGAGUAUGGUCAAGAUCGGGCUUUAUUUGGAUAUAGCUGUCAUAUAUACCAUCUCCCGAUUUAAUUUCUUGGGACAAUAAAAGGACGUUUAUAACUCGAUUUCGCUGAAAUGCAACAUAUUGGGGCUUUGUUAGGCUCUAUACGCGGAUGUGUAAAUUUUAAGCAGUAUUUAAAUUUUUUCCAAAAUUUUGACUUUGCCAAUUUUGGCCCAAAUAGCAGGGCCAAAUAAAAGGCAGUUUAUAACUCGAUUUCACUGAAAUUUAACACAGUGGGGCUGUGUUAGGCUCUAUACGCGGAUGUGUACAUUUUUAGCAGUAUUUAAAUUUUUUCCCAAAUUUUUUACUUUGCCAAUUUUGGUCCAAAAAGCUAAGGACUGGCAUCCGGCGAAUUGUACAGCCAAUGUGUGUACGAAAUGAAGUAGGGAAUGUGAUUAUUUACAUGUACUUUAUGUAACUAUGCCGAGUUUUAUUGAUAUAUCCAUGGUCUAUUACCAAACGUUUGCAUGCCCAUGGCUUCAAAGCAUAGUUUUCCAUUUUUUCAAAUGGGAAAUGAUUCUCGUUAGAGAAUACGGUGUUCGGAAAUUCACGUCAUUCCUGUAAGCAAAGCGGCUCCUUUGCUCUUUUGAGUCUCACUUUUUUUGCUUUGGUGGUUUUUGGAACUUUUAAGGCUUUACCUUCAGCUCGUUUUUCAAUUUAUGCUGCAUGCAUCAUUUCUCGGCAUCCUCUCGGGUUGUUAAUCAUUUGAUUGCACUUCACCGAAUCCUUUCAAGUGAUGUUGCUGUUUUUUUUCACCACCACCAUGGCGUUUUGCAAAGCUACCAAUAACAUCAUACCGAUUUACGCUGCGAUAUACAAACAUUUUAGUCACCUUGAGGUGUUGAAGUUCGCCAGCAAAAGCCAGAUAUAAUUUUCCAGCCAAAUAUAACGCAAUCACACUAAUACACUUGAAGUCCAUCACAAAUAACUUUAUGUUUAAAUAAACUCCGAAGCAAAUGCUUUUGGUGGCUUGUAAACAAUGUAAUGAACAGUAAAUAAAACAAAUAUCAUGAAGCUGUCAAAGAUGCCAAAUAUGACACUUUGUGUUAGCUACCCUGUAUCGGUUGGGAAUCAGAAUGUUAAAUUUUUACCAUUUCUCUCCUAGAAUGGCGCGAUCCCCAUAGUUUGGACGCCGGAAACACCGGAGUAUGCAGGGAUAAGAGAGCAGGCGAAUUGACCCCUUGAAGCCAGAGGACGGCUAUCAGUAAACUUGGCGAAUGCGAAACUUUUUUGAGCGACGCAGUCCGAGUUUAAGGCGUGAGAAACGAAUGGAACAGUCUGUAGGACGACCAUAACCCUAUGGGGGUUUCAUAUCAUGAGAAUACGAGGCUUCUACUGAGAGGUAUCAUUAUGGAUCCAACAGAAGUACGCGCACAUUUAUGCAGAAUACACCUAUUCUGGCAAGUGACAUCGUUUGUAGAUCAUGUGGGAAAGAUAAUGAGUGCUGGAAUGCCAAGGGGUUGUUUUUAAAACAAAGAAGAUCUAAGAACGCGGUCGGUUUGUAAAAACAAGUGAUAGAGAACAUCGUAAACCACCUUAAUUAUGCUUGAUACCGUUGACUAGACAUCAUAACGCAUGAGUAAUAUUCGUGUGAUGGGUAUGUUAGUCAUACGCACCAUUGAACAACAUUUGUAAAUGUGCCAGUCCUCAUCACUUAUGCGUCACAGAGGAAAGUUUGUAUGCUUUUUCGUUUAUAUUCAACCAAUACGUAUUUAAUAUAUGCAGUGCAUUGCGUUGUGUUGGCGAAAUGAAAAUCAGGAGUCGGGGGAGGGAAAGAGGGAAUAGUGUUUAUUCAUAUUUGUUUUAAAUUUCUGAACGUCGUAAGUAGUAGGAAAGAUAUUUGCCGGAAGUCGAUACCACAUUCAUAUUGUUCAGGCAGAAACGAGUUUUCACUGUAAUGCAGGGUUCGUUCAACUGGCCAAUCGAUUAUAUACUGGUGUGCGUUCCUAGAAAAUCUUGUGUACCCUGGCGAACACCCUUACCUUAGGGAUAAGAAGACGUAUUUCUGCGGAGCAAACACCAUGAUAGUAUCGAUAAAACAGCACCACGCUGCCCUCAUUCCGACGGUGCUCAAGAGAAACAAUAGAGCCGGAUACCCUACCAUCACCGAUCAACACCAUCCCUCUCCUCUGAACCUGGUUAAGUAGGUCCAAGGAGGACCUUGGGGCUCCCGCCCAUAAAAUUGGUUUGCGUUCCAUCUAAGGACUGAUGGAUUGAAAAGAUUAGAGGAAAUAAAAUAAUUUUUUCACCGCUUUAGAAAGCCCAAGCACUUAAAUGCUUCCUUCGAAACUUCAAACAUAUGUUUCGACCUACGGACAUCACGAUGUAUCCUCAUUCCUAGAGCAUCAAGAACAUCUCAUUGCUCAACAAUAAUACCGCCAAUAGAUAAUGAUCGUAAGAGACCAGUGAAUCAUUUGUGUGACAACAAACAUUACUGAGUUUUACGUGCAUUAAAAUCUACUCUGUUCAAUCGACCCCACUCUGAAAUUACCAGCAAGUCCCGGCAGAAUGUAUUUUUCAUAAUCCGCCUACUGUCUUCAAUAUCUUGAAGACUCGGCCUAUGGUGGAAAGCAAAUGAAUGAUAGAGGUUGCUUUAAUCCGCAAAUGAGUAGAUCGUAUUCGAAGUCUAACCCAAUGAAAAUAAGGCAAAGGGAGGGAGGAAGGACAGAGCCUUGUGGUGCACCUACGGUCAACUUUUAUACCCAUCUAUAACAACUCGUAUAGUGCUAUUUCGAAGAAAGCUCGAUAUAAACCGAACGAAGUCAUUACCAAAAGCAACUAGCUUUGACAAAAAUGCACCAUGCCAAAUCCUAUCAAAAGCCUUGGAGAUAUCUGGAGCCACGACUUUACUCUCACCAAACUGCAGGAUGGAUGGACCCCAUCGUUCCGACAGAAAUGACAUCUGGUCUGUCGGGGAGCGAUUUCUGCGGCAUCCAUACUGCCGGUCGUUUGACUCCAAAUAACUUACAAGAUGAUGAUAAACCAUGCUCUCCAUAACCAUGGAAAACGUGGAGCACUUUCGAUAUGGUCGGUGAUUCGCAGGAUUGUUUACCUCGCUCUUCUUGGGGAUCGGCUAAAUAUACGCAAUCUUCCAACACGCUACGGUAGGCAAGGUUGAAGAGGUUGCCUAAAGUACGAGCAUGCCUUUAAGAACACUUAGUACAAGUGUUGAUAUACCAUCCGGGCCCGUGGAUUUAUUUAUGUCCCGAUCCGCAAGAAACCAUUUUAUCCCUCGUGCUCGAAAGAAUAUCUGGAGCAUCGAACCACACACACCUUCAAUCACAGGGGGUGGUUGGUUGCUUGCCGGCAAGAAUGAAUUUCCUGCAAACAUUUCAGCCAGUAGAUUAGCCUUAUAAUCCGGAUGAGUGAAUAUUUGGCCAUCUUUAACUGGAGUUGAGAAUCUCAACGAGUUGCCCCUUACUCUUUUUACAAAUGACCGAAAGCACUUCCCCUUGGAGAAGCAAUGACUUUGGUACGUAGACGUUGUUCGUAGAAAACUUUUCGCGUCUAAGCAUGGUCAAGAUCGUACUUUGUUAGCUGUAUUAGGCCCUUAGACAUCCUCAUUUAAUAUGGCACCCAUUGGCUUAUAUUUGGAUAUAGCUGCCAAAUAGACCUCUCAGAUUUUCGUGCUGAGUUUAGUCCAAAUCGGAACAUAUUUCGAUUAGCUGCUAUGGGCUCAUAAACGAUGCAUCUUUUAUAGGGCUAUUAUGAUAGGUGAUUAACAUACUAUAUACCCGAGGUAGUGGGUUUUCUAAGUUCGGCCCGGCCUUUUAAAUUUUUUUACCCUCCACCAUGGGAUGGGGGUAUACUAAUUUCGUCAUUCUUUUUGUAACUACUCUAAAUAUUCGUCUGGGACCCCAUAAAGUAUAUAUAUUCUUGAUCGUCGUGUCAUUUUAUGUCGACCUAGCCAUGUCCGUCCGUCUGUCUGUCGAAAGCACGCUAACUUUCGAAGGAAUAAAGCUAGCCGCUUGAAAUUUUGCACAAAUACUUCUUAUUAGUUUAGGUCGGUUGGGAUUGUAUCCAUCCAUGUUUUGAUAUAGCUGCCAUGUUUGAUGUCACUAUGACAUCUAAUAACUGUGCUAAGUUAAAAUCAAAUCGGCCAAUAACUUGAUAUAGCUGCCAUAUAAACCGAUCUUGGGUCUUGACUUCUUGAGCUUCUAGAGCUCGCAAUUAUUAUCCGAAUUGCCUGAAAUUUUGUACGACGGAUCCUCUCCGGUCUGAACCGGUCUUUAGCCCGAUACAGCUCCCAUAUAAAUCGAUCCCUCUACUUUACUUCUUGAGCCCCGAAAGGGCGCAAUUCUUAUUCGAAUUGCCUGACAUUUUACACAGGUCUCGAACAUAUAAUUCAAUUGUGGUCCGAAUAGGACCAUAUCUUGAUAUCGCUCUAAUAGCAGAGCAAAUCUAAGGAUAACUUUUUUGCCUAAGAAGAGAUGCCGGGAAAAGAACUCGACAAAUGCGAUCCAUGGUGGAGGAUAUAUAAGCACGCUUUUACUUGUUUGGAUUUAUUUUUAUGACUUUGAAGGACCUGUUUACGCAUAGUUUCUUUUUUGCUUGAAUUGUCGUUUAAGCAAGCUCUUGAGUUACACCAGAGUUUUAUUCGAUCUUGAGAUUGCCAAAACAGGCUGUUGGUUAAUAAAAUCUAGAAUAUGUGAUAUUACUGGUUUCGACUUAAGGAGAGAGAUUUCGAUUUCUAAGAGUGAAGUUGACUUCACUGGUAUCGAAGCCAUUUCAAUCUGCAGUUGACAAAGAUGCCUUUUGUGUAAGGAAAACUCAUCGAAAUUCAUACGCAAAUGUCCAUAUGUCCGAUCUGAACCAUAUUAAGGUCAUAUAUCGUGAGGCUCAGAAAAACUCACUAUUUCAAAUUUCAGCGAAAUCGGGAAAUGAAUAAAGCUUUUAUGGCAGCUAUAUCUAAACAUAGUCCAAUCAGAACCAUAUUUAGGUCGAAUGUGGGGAGGUCCUAACCUACUCACUGUUUUAAAUUUCAGCGAAAUCGGGUAAUAAAUAAAGAUUUUAUUGGCUUUAGACCCCUUAUCGGCAGAUCGGUAUACAUGGCAGCUAUAUCUAAAUAUAGUCUGAUCUUAACCAUAUUUAGGUCGGGUAUCAGGAGGCUAAAAAUAACCCACUGUUUGAAAUUUUAGCGAAAUCGGUUAAAAAAUAACCUUUAUCGGCUGAUAUGUUUAUAUGACAGCUGUAUCUAAAUAUAGUCCGAUCUUUACCAUAUUUGAGUCAGAUAUUGAGAGGUUUAUAACCGCGCACUAUUCCCAAUUUCUGCGAAAUCGGAUAAAAAAUAAAGCUUUGAUGGCCGUCAGACCCUUUAUCGGGAGAUCGGUCUAUAUGGCAGCUAUAUCUAAAUAUGAACCGAUUUAAUCCAUAUUUAAUAAUAAAUAAAGCUUUUAUGGUCGUCAGACUCUUUAUCGGGAGAUCGGUAUAUAUGGCAGCUAUGUCUAAAUAUAGUACGAUCUGAACCAUAUUUGGGUCAGUUGUGGAGAAGCCUUAAACUACUCACUGUUUCACAUUUCAGCAAAAUCAGAUGAAAAAUAAAGUUUUUAUGGGCAUUAGAACCUUUAUCGGAAAAUCGGUCUAUAUAUAGCAGCUAUAUCCAAAUAUAUUGUAGUCCGAUUUGGCCCGUUCAGGAACUUAACCAGCGUGCAUCAAAAAGACGUAUCUAUGCCAAAUUUCAGCUCAAUAUCUCAAUUUUUAAAGGCUGUAGAGUGAUUACAACUGACGGACGGACAGACACACGGACAUCUUUUAAUCGUCUUAGAAUUUUACGACGAUCCGAAAUAUAUGUACUUUGUAGGGACGGAAAUUGAUAUUUCGAUGUGUUGCAAACGGAAUGACUAAAUGAAUAUACCCCCUAUCCUACGAUGGUGGGUAUAAAAAUCUUUUUGUUGUGGAUACAAAAAUGUGCCGGGAAAUUGGUAGUUCCAGUCGCUUUUUUGGCACGAGUUUGCAAAGAAAACCCCUUUUCAUAUACCGCCUUGUUAACGAUCCUUAAUUUUUGCUCUAUAAAUUUCGGCCCAGCCGAACUUACCACUUUUUUUAUCGUUAGUCAUGUUCAAAUCUGUGUGUAGUUCUAAGGGGGCCCUUCCUUCCACCACUCCUUGUUUUGCAAAUACCAAAUGAUUACCCUAUAAAAUUUAGUUUAUUUCCCCUUUCCCAAAUGCAUUUCGACUGAAUCAUUGAAUUGAAUUUUGUUAUUAUUAUUAUUGUAAUUUUUUUAUUUUGUUAUGAUUAAGUUCGUUAACUGUUUUUUGCUCAAUUUCUGAUUGAUGGAAAUUAAGGACAUUCCAUUGACGUAAACUGCAUACAAUACCAGUGUAAAUCUGUUCCAUUUUGUUUCCUAUUUGUAAUUGUAUAUGUGAAUUUCAAUGUUUUCAUCUACGGUCCCUAAUCUAUAUUACUAUUAAGUGUCAAUUAAUUGUUAAGUAAUUAUAAUUAAUUAAACAAAACCAAACGAUUUUAUGGAUUUAUUUUCGCUAUUCAAAGUAUGUAUAUUGCUGCUAGGUAACGUGUAUAAUUUCAUUGUCCAUUUUAUAUACAACAACAAUGUUUGUUAUAAGUUCUAGUAACACUAAGCUCAGCCAUGAGCUACACUGUAUUCAAAUCCUUCCAUAUUAUUUGUAAUUCUAGCUAUUGAUUUUUUUUUUUUCUCAAUAUUUAUGUACUUAAAGUUGUUAUUUUUAAAAAAUAUUGUUUUUUAAAAGUAUAAAUACACCGAAAAAAUCACUUCAAAACAUUCGCAUACCCAAAUCGAAAACAUGAAAAAGUAGAAGGCAAACGCUAGCAUCAAAAUUAUAGAAAACUACAUUUUAAUAAGACAAACAAAAAAUAAUAUGUAAAUAAUUAUUUCAUAACAAUUAAGUUUUAAAAUUGUAAAUGUAAUUUAUAAUAAUUUGCGUUUUUAGCCAACACACAUAAAAUGAUGUUUUAUUUAUUGAAACUGACCUUAACUCAUUUCAUAAGAAUGCAAGUCCUAGGCCAUUUCUGGGCUCAAUACACAAUCUACUUUCCAUUGCAGUGAAAUUUAGUAUUAAUUAUUUUCAUGAAUAUUGUUUCUUUUAUAUACUAAAAAUAUAAAUAUACGUACUGCAUACAUACAUACGAGAAUAAAAAACAAAAACAAUUCAUCAUACAGACAGACAUUGCGAUAAUACCAAAUUAUACAAUUUGAAAGUAAAGAGAAAAUUACAAAAUUAUUAAAUAAAAUAAAGUAAAAUAUUUCAAAU